AAUCUUCGAAGAUUUUCAAUGAACAUGGUGUACCUUACGACCCUCCUCUCCCUGGCCCUUGCCGGCGGUGCACUUGCACUCCCCACGGACGUGGCUCCGGCCAACUUCACAACCCUCUCACCCAUUGAGGCGCGAAGUCUCGAGCGCCGACAACCUGGUGGUGUCUUCAUCACAACAGACAUCAAAUGGGGCGGCCUACCCGGCUAUGCGAAACAACCCUGGGACAUAUGCAUCCAACUUGAUGCCCCAUGGUACAAGUCCAUCUCCUCCAUAGGCCCAGACUCAGGCAACGCCGUCGUCCUCUCCGAAGACUACAACUGCGGAACCGCAAACCGCGUCACAAUCCUGAACCCCGGAAAUGACGACCUCCGCAGCAUCGGCUGGAACGACCGCGCCGGCUCCUUCAUGGUGCGCCAGGUCGCCGUCGUCAACGGCCGCGAGUGCAUCCGCAGCGUCGAUCCGAGCACGUUCCCGGGGCUAAACUGCCAGUUCUGCUGUAAUGGGUGCUCGAGGAGUGGGACGAGCUGUUGUCCCGAGGGCCAGAUCUGCUAGUUUGGUAUAAUGUCGGAUGAUGUGCGGUUGAAAUGAGUACGGGGCCGGUGAUCAAGUUCGCUAUUGAUUGUGUUCUUCAAGGAAAUCAGGAGAAGGAGACGAUGCGGAAAUGCAGCGA